CUGUGCUCUGCUUUUUACAGCAGCUCUCAGCGACUCUUUGUCAGUUUGUCCAGUGAACACAGCGACAUGGCUCCAUCCUUCCUCAGCGUCUCCCUCCUCUUCAUCGGCCUCCACGCAGCAGAUGGAUACAUGGAGGCUGUGAUGGAUCGUUGUCUCUUUAACUCCACGGAGCUGAAGGACAUCGAGUUGAUCAGGUCUCACUACUUCAACAAGUUAGAAUACGCCAGGUUCAGCAGCUCAGUGGGGAAGUUUGUUGGCUUCACUGAACAAGGACAGAAGAAAGCUGAAGACUGGAACAACGAGGCUUCAUAUCUGUCUAGUAUGAGAGCUUCGAAGGAGAUCAUCUGUCAACACUACAGCAAGAUCGCUUAUAACAAUGUUCUGACUAAGUCAGCUGAACCCUACGUCACGCUGCACUCUGAGACCCCCCCUGGUGAUGGACCUUCAUCCAUGUUGGUCUGCAGCGUCUAUGACUUCUACCCCCAGACCAUCAUAGUGAGGUGGACCAGAGACGGACAGCCAGAGACCACCGGGGUCACUUCCACCGACGAGCUGGCAGACGGGGAUUGGUACUACCAGACCCACUCCCACCUGGAGUACACGCCCAGGUCUGGAGAGAAGAUUGCAUGUGUGGUGGAGCACAUGAGUCUGAGUAAACCUCUGGUUACCAACUGGGACCCGUCCAUGCCCGAGUCUGAGAGGAACAAGGUGGCCAUCGGAGCAUCAGGACUGAUCCUGGGUCUGACUUUGUCUCUGGCUGGAUUCAUCUACUACAAGAAGAAAUCCAGAGACCGGUUCAGUCUGGUUUAAAUGGUCAGGUAUCUGCAUUUAAUGCUGAUCCUGGUUCCCAGUCACUGAACCCCAGGUCCUAGUCUUGGAUCUGGUCCUGCUGCUCGUCAGAUGGAAGGAAAAGAUGGUCUGGAUCGACAUCUGGACUUGUAUACCUGCAAGCCUAAAUGCAAGACUGGAUCGGUGAUGGAUCCGUUUCUGGUGCUUCACAGCUGGAUGUGGACUCUGCUUCUUCUACGUGUGAUUCACAGCUUUUCUGUGUGAAAUCAAUAUAAACAUUACAUUACAUGCCAUUUAGCUGACGCUGUGCAUUUCAACCAUAAGGAUACAGACACAAAUCAACAAGAAUCAGAAGAGCCAAUCUACAAUUUGCUAUAGAUAAGAGCCAUUAAAAGUACAAUUUAAGUGCUACAAUUUGUUAGAGUAAAUUACUAAACAACUCUGCUUUAAAUCAGAUGUAGUCCAGUUAUCUGAAUGCAUUGGGGCUCGUAGAUUAUGUGACUGUUAGAUUCAUAUAUUUUUACUGGAGUGAAAAGUUUUCUAAACACAAUAAACCAUCAGACAACUGUGUGUUGUAACUGAAGAAGUAUCACGAGUAUAUAUGUAUAAGUUACUAUGAAUAUGAAACACCAGACAGAACCCUGAUGGUUCUAAAAGAUUCUUUAAAAGCCAGUGUGGUUCCUGUAGAACCCUCAACAACUAGAGACAUUUUAUCUGUUGGAUAGUCGGUUUUACAUGUUUUUCAUGUGGUUCUUUUGGAAAUAAAAGGUUGAUACUCGUAUACUUUAGUAUAUUUUCUGUCUAGUAGAAGUACUUAUACUUAGAUACUUAGAAAAAAUCCUCUGUUUUUAACCAAAAAAUUACAAUC